AUGGCUGAGGAGAUUGCUGCUCUUGAGCGCACUGGCACUUGGGACCUUGUCCCUCUUCCUUCUCAUGCUCGUCCCAUCACGUGUAAGUGGGUUUAUAAGAUCAAGACUCGCUCUGAUGGCUCUCUCGAGCGUUAUAAGGCUCGUCUUGUUGCUCGUGGUUUUCAGCAAGAGUAUGGUCGUGAUUAUGAUGAGACAUUUGCUCCUGUGGCUCACAUGACCAUUGUUUGCACUCUCCUUGUUGUGGCCUCUGUUCAUGCUUGGUCCAUUUCUCAACUUGAUGUCAAAAAUGCCUUCCUUAAUGGUGAACUCCGUGAGGAGGUCUACAUGCGACCACCUCCUGGGUAUCUUGUUCCUGAUGGCAUGGUUUGUCGUCUUCGUCGCUCUCUUUAUGGUCUGAAACAAGCUCCUCAUGCUUGGUUUCAGUGCUUUGCCUCUGUGAUCAUUGCUGCUGCUCGUGAUCCUGUGAAGCAUGAGCUCACCAAGCAUAUAGGAGUUGAUGCAUAUUACACUCGGGCUCAGGUGCAGGAUGAUGUCAUUGCUCUUCUCUAUGUACCCUCCGAGCUUCAGGUGGCUGAUUUCUUCACCAAGGCGCAGACACGAGUUCAACAUCAUUUCUUUCUCUCCAAACUCAGUGUUUGUGAUUCACCCUGA